CUUACUGUUCCAUCUCUUCAACCUGCGCUGCUGACUGCACACAUACCCACAGUACUGACGCGGCCCUCCCGGUUAGAAACUGCUGUGAUUUCAGGCGAACAAAAAGCGCAGAACACCUGUACUGAGCAGUAUACAGGCGCAGAAUAACCACGCUGUGAUCAUCCGUUAAACGAGAGCGAGCACACAAUCCGCACACGGGUGCAGAUGUGAGGGAAUAUACCUGCAGACUACAGCUGCCACACUGAUGACAGAGCAAGAGGGAAGUCAGUUAGCCAGCUAACCAGCCACAGCUAAACUCGACUAUCAGGCAGGUAAAUGUACGGCGAUCCGGACGGUUCAGCGACAACGUGCAACUCGAGCAUCUGAACGGAGCCGGCCGUCCACUACAGAGAGUAUUUCGCAGACUGCACAGCCAUGAGGAGGGUGACAUUGCGCUGUGCUGCCCGGCUCGUGUUCACAGCUUUGUGGCUGUUGGUGGAAGAGUGUCGGGCUGAGACCGGGGCCCCGAGUCUGGCCGAGCGAGUCAUCUGGGCUGUAAACUCCGGCGGGGAUGCACACACAGACGUACAUGGCAUUCAUUAUAAAAAAGAUCCACUCGAAGGAAAAUUGGGGAAAGCAUCAGACUACGGUGUCCGUCUGCCGAUCCUGCGCUCUAGCCCGGAGGAUCAGGUUCUUUACCAGACAGAGCGAUACAAUGAGGAUACAUUCGGUUAUGAAAUACCUAUAAGAGAAGAAGGAGACUACAUUCUGGUCAUGAAAUAUGCUGAGGUCUACUUUGCCCAGUCUCAACAAAAGGUUUUUGAUGUGCGUUUAAAUGGCCACGUUGUGGUGAAGGAUCUGGAUAUCUUUGAUCGUGUGGGUCACAGCACGGCUCAUGAUGAAAUAGUGCCAUUCUCAAUAAAAAGAGGAAAACUAAGUGUGCAUGGUGAAGUUUCCACUUUUAAUGGGAAACUCACAGUAGAGUUUGUUAAGGGUUACUAUGACAACCCCAAGAUAUGUGCACUAUAUGUGAUGAAGGGCACGCUAGAGGAUGUGCCUAAACUGCAGCCACAUCCUGGACUGGAAAAGAGAGAGGAAGAGGAGGAGGAAGAGGAUGAUGGGGAGGGGGGAGAAAGCGAAAAAAAGAGCACCUCCACCUCUCCCAAGAAUCCGGUUCGGUCCGGGCCACGCACCCCCAACCCGUACGCCACUGAUAACAGUAGCCUGAUGUUCCCUAUACUAGUGGCGUUCGGGGUCUUCAUCCCAACCCUCUUCUGCCUCUGCCGCCUGUGAGGGGAACAAGUGAACGAGAGGGAGAGAGAGAAGAAACGACAGACAUCAGGCUGUGAAGGGGUGGGGGGAGGGACGCACAACUGUGGGGACAGGCAGAAUAUAGACUGACAUUACAACAGAUAGAGAGAGAGAGAGAGAGCAAAAGGUGGACGAGAGACUGCAGAUAUUGCUGGGUGACCCGGAAAAUACAAGGAUUUCGAGCGCGAGUUCAUUUCAUGUGUGUGAUUGUGCUUGUGUUCGUACAGAUUUAAUACUAAUUUUAGUUUGAGGAGAUCCUGAGAGGUACUGAUUAAAUGCACUUGUACACACAUAUGCAGCAGGACUAACCACUUUACAAACCUGGUUUGUCUGGUCUAGCAGGAGAUGGAGCUGGAGACACUCCUAGAUCACGUGUCCCAACUCACGGAAAGUUAUUGGCUAGGAGUGUUUUUCUGAUCAGCGGUGGCGUUGAUCUGCUGUUUUUUGGCCUCUAGUGGGAGGCAGAAAUGGUACAUGAAUUUUCUCUUCCAUCAUUUGGUUAAUGCAUCUAAAUCUCAGUGGCAGAUCAUAAAGUGAUUUGAGACCUUGGUUUCUAUUUACCUCACGUUUUAUUUCCCUCACACUCAUACAAGCUACUAUCAUUAAUUUCCUGCAGCUUCAUUUCUUUCUUUGAUUUAAAAAGCAUAAAUAUUCAAAAUUGUCUGGUGACCUGCUUUCUCAUUCUUCAGUUGCAUAUUUUCAGACCACAGCACCAUGUCUUUAAAUCUCGCACUGCACAAGGGAGAUUAUUAUUUUAUAAUAAAUUAUUAUUUUUCCCAUUUACAGGGACUUUUUGGUUAACGGCAUGCAUUUGGUAUUUAAUAAAACAUUUUUAUUUUUGAAAGAGUGCAUAUUUGCUUCCCUUUAGGUGGCAAUAGGAGUUCAUAACAAAGAGGGUCUUUAAUACACUGGCUUUUGAGUUCCAGAAACUAGAUUGUAUUGGACUUAAGUGUUAAAUCCCCUUAAUUUCUCUCUCAUUGGUACAUGAUGUGUCUGGGAUAGCGUCUUAUAAAUAUGGUGUCUUAAUUACAUUGCAAAAGGCACCUAAUACACGGUGUAGAGAAGGAUAGUUGCUCAGUUGGGAUGCUCUUUGUCAUAUUUGCUCUUGGUUUAACCAUGCAGGCCGUUUUUAACAAUACCACCAAAGAUUCUUGGAUUUGCAUUACACACAAUACGCGAAUUGAAAGCUGUAGCCUGGUUGGGAAACGGUUUGACAUACAUGCCUGCCAUACACCAUGAAGUAUGGAUGCAGAAGAUUGAAUUUUGUACUCAAGGUGGCAAAUUUCAGUGCUGUGUUUAGCUUUUGUUUAGUCGAGUGAACAACUGUGUUAAGUCGAGUGAACAUUUGCAUUCCACCUCAUCCAUCUUUUUCUUAGCAUGUUCUGUGUCUGGUAUACUUUUGUCUUGGUAUUUUU